AUGGGUUGCCACGUAUGUUCGCAGCCGCCUAGUUCACGGCUGGGAUUUUACUGCCCAACCUGCGCCCGUAACCAGCUAUACGGGCUACGUUACAACCAUGCGAGAGUGCUGCUGGACAAGGAUGCAGCAGGAGUGCAGAUCGAAGCGUCGAUAGCGAGGAAUGCGCGGGAGAACGCAGAGAUACUGUCAAGCGACGGUGAUAUUCCGCGACUCUCUAAGGAUGUUGGUGGAGCUGAGCCGGAACCCUCAAGGUUGUUGAUGCAGACAAAGCGCACCGCUAUAUCGCAGUCCACUGCGAGAAUGGAAGAUAUACGGUCUCACGUAUCUACGCUGGAGAAAGAGAUUGCAGAUGGGAAGAAGGAGAUUGCUAGGCGACGAGCAGCUCUGGCUCAGCGACGAUCUGAUGCAGAAUCAGCUAACUAUGAGGUGGCUAGCCGGCGGGCUCGAGCUUUGGCAACCGUCCAGAAGAGCAUCAAGGGCAAGGAGAAACAGUGGAACAGCGUACAUGAGAAGGCGGUAGAGUCGCGGGCGUUCCUUAGUCGGGAGGUAGCUAGUCUUUUCGGCUUCCGUCAGAGAACGAGGCGGAAGAAGGGAGAUUUCAUGAACCAGUUUUCCAUUGGAGGCGUCAACAUUGUCGAUCUUCGCCAGAUGAAUAGUGCAAAUCCCGCACAUAUAACUGCAUCUCUAGAGAAUCUCGCCCGGAUGCUAGUAUUGGUAUCGCAUUAUCUUGGGUUAAGACUCCCUGCAGAAGUGAUGGUGCCUCACCGCGGCCAUCCUUUGCCGGCAAUAUAUACACCUUCAUCAUCUUACAUGCCACGCCGGCAGGACUCUCUCAGCUCUUCGCCCAACCUCUCUCCCACCCAAUCAAUGCACAAUGCUCGAAACGCAGAGGCAAUGCUCCUCCCACGCCCUCGACCGCUCUUUAUUGACCGAUCGCUGCCUAAACUUGCCAAGGAAGAUCCUACGGGCUACGCACUCUUCAUAGAAGGCGUGUCUCUACUGGCGUGGGAUGUAUCCUGGCUAUGCCGAACUCAGGGUCUACAUCUAGGCUCUGAGUCAUGGGAAGACGUCUGUGAUAUUGGUAGGAACCUCUGGCAACUUCUAGUUGCUCCCGAACCACUUGUCAAAGCCUUGGUAAGUGAACAAGCAAACAAUGACGCUAACACGAGUGCAAACACACAUGAGAAGGAGGGUGAGAAUGGCCUACGACGAACGCGAUCCCUGCCAAUACUCGGUCACUUCUCACAUGGCUCGGCACAUACCUUUCUCGGCUCAUUGGAAGGAAUGGAAUUUAUGAAAACGUGGAAGUUGCCAUCUCCCACGAAGAUUGCAGACAGGUUGAAAUCCACCUUAUUAGGCGAGAUGGCCAAUGCAGAGUGGGAACUACUCGGAGAAGAAGAGUGGGAAGAUGAAGGCGGGCAGGGUCAGAAGGCGGAUGGCGAGGGUGGUGAUAAGAGAGAUGUAGUUCUUCUUGAGUGA